ACAAUAAAAUUUAACAUAAUUUUAAAAGAACGCAGCAGCAGCCUGUACCUCUGAGGCGACUAGGGUUUUCCCACCCAUUUCUAAACCUCUAUCUCUUCUAUCUCAUCAAGUUUGUACUCAGGGCUGGUGGCCUUUUCAACUCCAUGCAUGCAAUUAAGGGUGGGUGGGUUGGGCAGACCUUUGCCCUAGCGAAGCACAAUGAAUCUGGAGGGAAGAAAUCACGGAUCCGGCGUUCAAAAGAAGAGUGGAAGGCACUGGUCGAGUCUUUUAUAAAGAAAUAUCAGAAAGUAAACAAUGGUAAUUUCCCAUCGGUUACUCUGACACACAAGGAACUUGGUGGGUCUUACUACACUGUGAGGGAAGUUGUCCGAGAUGUAAUCCAAGAAAAUAGGGUGUUGGGUCCUGCAAAGUUAACUUCAGAAGAUCCUAGCCUUGAUAGGUUCUUGGAACAAUCUCCGUUAGGAUCAAUUUCCAUUGAACCAGAAGCUGGUCUAUCGUCAUCAAAUGGAUCUCAUAUCGUAACGGAUUUUGUACCCAAGUCUUAUCAAGAUACAAGUAAAGAACUGGUUUUAGAUUCCAGUGUGCAGUGUCCUGAAUCUGAACAUCAGAGGUUUGAUGAAGGAAAAAAUUUAAAUGGGUCUAGUCAGGUAGUUGAAGAGACUGAAGUAUGUGUUAAAGCAGUAUAUACAGACUCUCGACCUAUGGAAACUGUGGAACUGGUUGAAAAUGUAGCAGAACUAGAAGCAUGUAGAGCGAAAGUAACGCAUCCUCAUCAAGGGACAACUGAAGAGCAGGUUUUAGAUUCCAGUGUGGAGUGUCCUGAAUCUGAACACCAGGGAUUUGAUGAAGGUAAAAGGAAUAUAAAUGGGUCUACUCAGGUAGUUGUAAAGGCUGAAGAACUCGAUAAAGCAACAUAUACUGAGUCUCUACCUAUGGAAAUUCUGGAACUGAAUGGAAAUGUAGCGGAACUAGAAGCAUCUGCUAAAGUAAUGCCUGUAGGCACAAACGUAAUUGUGGAGACAUUUCCAUUAAGAUCUGGUUCCAAGAAAACGUAUGGCUUGGAUGGAAAGUAUAUUGAACAGAGUGAUUUGGAUCGAACUUUGGUUGAAGAAGAAAUCAACCAGGUGGAAACCGAGGAAGUCAACAACAGUUCUGUAGUAGGUGACAUGAACUUGAUGGAAAGCGCUUCUGAUUCGGGGAAUGAAAAAGCGGUAGCAAAUAUUGCAGGUCAUUUAUUGGAAAAAAGCCGUGGUUUGGUGGAUGAGAAACCAGUGGAUAACCUUGAAGCUCCAGUAUUGGAAAAUCUAGAUGACUCUGCAACCAAGAAAGCCACUGUUCUUGGAACUGGUAAUGGCAGAAAAGCUGAAGUUGAAGAUGCCUCUCCUCCUGGAACUAAGGUUGUAAUAGAAGCCCCGGUUGGAGUUGAUGCCCAGAGUCUCAAUGGCACUAUUACAAGCAAUUCCUCAGAGCUGUCAAAUUUGGAAAAAGAGAGAGCAAGUAAAAGCAACCCCAACCCAAACCCGAAGGUAAAAAAUGGUAGCGUCUCCCCAAAGGGAAGCACGUCAACUUUAGACAGAAUGAAUCUCGAAUCAUGGGAAACCACAUCGAAGAAACCUGCAAAGCCGGACACUAAUCCGCUCUUGGUAUUUGUUAAGUCAUUCAUUUCCGCGUUUAUGAAAUUUUGGUCGUAAUAAAGCCUCUGUAUUUCUGUUACGGAGAAGUUUCCUUUUUGGUUGGAUGAAGAUUUCUUGUACUAGGUGAAGGUGUGCUUCCUGGUACCAGAAAAUGUUGUUGGUCCAUUGGGAUCCUGAUGUUUCUCUUCCCAUGUUCUGAUGGAACCUCGGUAUCUAAAGUUGCUACUAGCAUCCAUUAAAUAUUGUAGGGAGUUCGAAGUCUUCUGCCGGAAGAUAGAGUGAGAGUUUGUGCCAAAAAUAUAGUGAGGCUAUUUGAUCAGAUUUAUCAUUUCCCGUUGAUUGCUUCUUUGAGAAUAUGCAAUUAUCUGGAAGAAAAAGAGGUUUGAUUA